CCCCUCGUGGCCUGGGCCAGAAACACCCGGCCCCGCGCCGAGAAGGCGACGCCGCAUCCUGGCACCAAGCCGGGGCAGUGCGGAGGGGCAGACAGAGCCCAACGGCUGCAGGAAGCGUGGAAAGGAAGUGGCCCCACGGGAACCCGAGCUCGCUCCAGAUAUUCGCCCCGGGGGCGGAGGGGAGGGGCCCACCACGGCCUUAUUUCCGCGAGCGCCGGCACCGCCCGCUCCGAGCCCGGGUCUGUCGGGUGCCGAGCCAACUUUCCCGCGUCCAUGCAGCCCCGCAGGCAACCGCCGCCCGCUCCCCGGUCCGGGCCCGGGAACCCGCGCCCCACCGCCCCGCUGCUCGCGCUGCUACUGUUGCUAGCCCCGGUGGUGGCGCCCGCGGGGUCCAGGGGCGCCGAUGACCCUGGACAGCUUCAGGAUGCGGAAGUCCCGCGCAGGCUCCUGCAGCAGGCGGCACGCGCGGCGCUUCACUUCUUCAACUUCCGGGCCGGGUCGCCUAGCGCGCUGCGAGUGCUGGCCGAGGUGCAGGAGGGCCGCGCGUGGAUUAAUCCAAAAGAGGGAUGUAAAGUUGACGUGGUCUUCAGCACAGAGCGCUACAAACCAGAGGAAGGUGAGGGACAUUUGGGGAAAUGCUCUGCUCGAGUGUUUUUCAAGAAUCAGAAACCCAGACCAGCCAUCAAUGUAACCUGUACACGGCUCAUCGAGAAAAAGAAAAGACAACAGGAGGAUUACCUGCUUUACAAGCAAAUGAAGCAACUGAAAAACCCCUUGGAGACAGUCAGCAUACCUGAUAAUCAUGGACAUAUUGAUCCCUCUCUGAGACCCAUCUGGGAUUUGGCUUUCCUUGGAAGCUCUUAUGUGAUGUGGGAAAUGACAACACAGGUUUCACACUACUACUUGGCACAGCUCACUAGUGUGAGGCAGUGGAAAACUAAUGAUGAUACCAUUGAUUUUGAUUAUACUGUUCUACUUCAUGAAUUAUCAACACAGGAAAUAAUUCCCUGUCGUAUUCACUUGGUCUGGUACCCUGGCAAACCACUUAAAGUGAAGUACCACUGUCAAGAGCUACAGACACCAGAAGAAGCCUCUGGAACUGAAGAAGGAUCAGCUGUACCAACAGAGCUUAGUAAUUUCUAAAAAGAAAAAAUUAUAUUUUCCAACUUCUUAAAAAGUGACGAUACUAGCAUAAAUCAUUUUUCUGGUAAAAUAGCUAAGGUAUAAAUCUUCGAACAAUUUGGGAAAGCCUAUGAUUACAAGUAAAAACUCAAAAAUUCAAAGAUGUUGGUUUUUUGUUUGUUUCUCAGUCUGCUUUAGCUUUUAACUCUGGAAGCGCACGCACACUGAACUCUGCUCAGUGCUAAACAGUCACCAGCAGGCUCCUCAGGGUUUCAGCCCUAAAAUGUAAAACCUGGAUAAUUAGUAUGUUGCAACGGGAUCAGCAUUUUUUUUAAACUGCAAAAAAUGAUGGUCUCAUCUCUGAAUUUACAUUUCUCAUUCUUUUGAACAUACUAUAGCUAAUAUAUUUUAUGUUGCUAAAUUGCUUCUAGUAUGUAAACAAAGAUAAUAUACUUUCGAUGAAAGUAAAUUAUAGAAAAAAAUUAACUGUUUAAAAGGAACUUGAUUAUAUUUUAUGAUUUCAGGCAAGUAUUCCUUUAACUUGCCACCUACUUUUAAAUAAAUGUUUACAUUUCUAAAUAAUGAAA